AUGUCGGGGACUGGGAUGGAGCAGACUAUGUCUUGGUUGCGAGGAGGCAGCAGCAGCUACAGUGGCGGCAAGUCCAGCUACAGCAGCAGCAAGGGAGGUGGCAGCAGCAGUUCAUCAGGUGGUUACAGUACUGGGGGUACCAACACUACAACAAAGAUCGUCCUCAUCACAAUCGGAGUGGUUGUGUGGGUUAUGAUCUCGUCGUGGUGGAUCUACAAGCGGGUCUACUUGCCUUGGAAGGAGACGAAAGAUGCUCAGAAGCAAGUGGCCGAGAUGCAAGCUGCCGCCGACAACAAGGUCGAGACCGUGGACACUGGCAACCUGCCCAUCGAUGUGUUCGAGCUGGACCCGCAGCAAGCUCACGCCUACUGCGGCCUAGAUCCUGCCAACAAGAUCUGA